UCAUUUUCCUAAUAAACCAACCAUACAACAUCACACAACAUUCCUCCUUCUCUCCACAUGGAAGGAAGCCACCAAGAGAUGCAGCUCUUCUCCUCCUCUUCUCCCGAUCACAAUCCGCCCCCGCUCGACCUCCAGCUAUCCAUAAGCCUGAACAAGCCGGAGAUGAGGAAGAUGCGGAAGGCCGCGGGCGUGGAGGCUCUCAAGUGGCAGGCGGCAGAGCAGAUUCGGCUCGCAGCCAUGGAGAAGGCCUACGCGGAGCGCGUGAGGGAGCUGACGAGGCGGGAGAUGGAGAUGGCACAGUCGGAAUUCGCACGCGCACGCGCCAUGUGGGAGAGGGCACGAGAGGAGGUGCAGAGAGCCGAGAGGAUCAAGGAGAGGAUGGAUUCCCUCUCUGCCACCUGCCACUCCUGCAGACACAACUCCUUUACACCUUAAAAUCUGCUAACUAGGUUUAAUUUUCGUUGCUGUAAUCAAUUCCAGCACAUGUACUAUCAAGAAAAUAAUAAUAAUAUCAGUUUUUCAUGUGCAAAAAUAAAGCUCCAUGAUUGAUUAUGUACUACAUUUUCUUA